GAUAUCUGUCUCGUCUCCUACUUCCGUCUGAUGCUGGGUACCUAUAUCUAUAUAUGAAUAGGGAUACUUAUUUUCUACCUAUCCUUCACAUGUUCGCUCCAGUCACUCAUUCUUUAAUCCCGGCCGAUAUGUUCAUUCUCUGACCCAAAUAUACUUGAAGUCCAAAGGGGCAUUAUAUACAUUCCUUCUCUUAGCUGAGCUAGUUCAUUUCUCUUUGAUUCGCCUGGAGCUUGAGUAUCGCCUCCUUUUAUUUAAGAAGAAAGAAAAAAACCUCGUGUCGUUGAUUUAUUCUUCAAUAUGAAGUGCUCCCUCUCCUUUUUUGUGGCCAUUGUUCUCCCUACGGUAGUAGACGCGCACACUGUAUUCACGACGCUUUUUAUCAACGAUGUCUCUCAAGGAGAUGGUACCUGCGUCAGAAUGAGCAUGGAUCCCCAACAUUGCACCUCCCCAAUAGCUGGUUUAGACAGUGACGAUAUGGCUUGCGGCGUCGAUGGCGAGCAACCUGUUGCUUUCACCUGCCCCGCACCGGCCGGUGGGAAACUUACCUUCGAGUGGCGGACGUGGGCUGAUGCUGAGCAACCCGGAUCUAUAGAUAAAUCACACAAGGGGCCUUGUGCCGUAUAUGCUAAACAGGUGAAAGACAUAGCGACAGACUCCGCUGCUGGACCUGGCUGGAUCAAACUCUGGGAAGAAGGCUAUGAUGAGUCGAGCGGCAAGUGGUGUACAGAGAAACUUAUCGACAACAAUGGUUUAAUGUCCGUUGACAUUCCAAAGUCGCUUCCCGGUGGUUCGUGGCUCUUCAGGCCUGAACUCCUAGCCCUUCAUGAGGCAGAUAAGGGCGACCCGCAGUUUUACACAGGAUGUGCACAGGUGUUCAUCGACAGCGGAAACACGGCAGCUCUUGAUGUGCCCAAAGAGUACAGCGUUAGCAUACCAGGCUACGUCCAGGUUGGCGAGCCUGCAGUAUCUUUCAACAUCUACCAGCCGCAAUUCCCGUAUCCAAUGCCUGGACCAAAGGUCUACAAGCCCGCGGAAUCCAAAGGCAUGGCGGCUUUUACCACGACCUCAACUUCAUCCAAGGCACUAAAGCAGGCCGAGGGCAAUAUUCCUUCGGACUACCUCAUCAAGAACGCAAAUUGGGUUGGAGUGGAAGUAUCCUCCUACUCGACCGAGGACGGGUGCUGGAAGGCAUCUGAGGAAUGCUGGAACCAGGCUAAGGAUUGCUACGACUCGGCACCCCCGACGGGGAGUGCUAACUGUCGAGUCUGGGAGAGCAAGUGCGAUGGCAUCAGUGAUGCUUGCAGCGCCGGGGACUUCAACGGCCCUCCGAACAAAGGCCAGAAACUCCAGAAUGAAGACCCAACACCCCCGGAGGAUAUUCCAGCAGCCGCAGAUGGCAGCGGCUCUAGAAAAAUGCGGGCACGCCGUGCUCUCUUGAAAUAGGGGGGUUGCCAUGCCAUGCCAGGCCUGUACUCCUACAGUUGAGAACCCCUGGCUGGGUUUGACAACACAACGUAGAAGUUUGCGGGAUAUUUGUAAGUGCCUACCUAUGUGCCUACCACCUAUGUGGUAGAUAGGCGGGCGAAUUAUUACACUCUGCUUGCGUCUGUUGCAACAUGCACCUAAACAGCGCAAACUCACUCUCAGGUGAUUGCGCCAUAUAAUAUAUAUGUUAUAUGUUCUUACUAUUAACUAUAGGUAACUGGUUAGUAAUACCAACUUCCCCGUAUUUCAAAGUAUUUCCAGAAUGGUCUUUGUAAAGAAGGUGACAUUGAUAAGACGGCUGUCGGCCUAUGCUGGUUUGUGAUGGUGAUGGUGGCGUUGUACCGAGUAAGUCAAGUAGCUCUGGUUUAUAUGUGAUUAAUGUACAAGUUGAUCUA